AUGUACAAAGCUUCUUCCACUUCUGGAUGUUCAGCUUUCUUGUGUCUGUCUCUUGCCUGGCCCGCAGUCAGUAAUCGGCCUACGCCGAAUUCACUUGCUAGACUACUGAAAGUUUCAUUGCGAUUUAAGCGGUCUAAAAUAUCACAUUUUUCUUUAAUGGUCAAUGUUUUGUGCUUUCGCUUCUGA